CUACAGCACCUUUAGCAAGGGUUGUAGCAGACAAGGAGUAUUUGGUUAAUAUGAGUCUGUGCCCAUGCACAGAAGUGGACCUGCCCUAUAUGCAUGAAAACCUGCUCCUGCCAAGACCUUACUCCUUGUAGCAAUAGGAUCUCUGAGGCAUCAAACCCACCCCUGAGCCGAUCUCAAAACAGGAUGGCUCAAUUAUUAACCCAAAGCUUAAGUCUUUGAAUGGAGCUAUUCAUUGACUAGGAAAAUCAGCUGACUCCAUUCUCCAGAGGCUAAAGAGUACCGAAAUUGUUCCAGAGAACAACUUGCAGAAAAGGCUGCUUAAGCACAAAAAAAUCUAGAUGCCUGCUGUAAGAAAUAAUUUGAACUCCUCUGUGCAUUUAGCACUCUGCAUCUCUAUUGGAACCCAUGCUGGGGCAGUGUCCUCAUCCUGCAGCCAGCCAGCCAGCCUAGGACGUGGACCCACAAUGAUUACAGACCAAUACAGGGAGGCCUGAUUCAGUCAAAAUGACCUCUUCCCUCGGGAGCCAGCGAUGAAGUCCUGCCUCACACCACGGCCCCUGCGGAGCCCACAGCGGCUGUUCCUUCGAGUAGCAUCCCCUGGUCCCGCCCAUCUUCCCCCGGCCAGGCGGGACCCUCCGACCCGGCGGGACCCUUCAGUCCGGCGAAGUGGCCCACGGCGCCAGCUCUUCAAUGAAUCUGUGCUUUAAGAAAUGCAGGAGGUCAGCCUGCAAAUUAGAUGGAUUUGAGUCAGUAGAGUCAAAACUUAACCCCUCCCACAAAGCUCAGGGACCACUGAGAAGCCCAUGUUCAUGAACACCUCUCACUAAGGCAGCUCAGAGCCGGAGGAGCCUGAGAAGCCUGAGAGAGGAAGAAGAGGAGAGCGAGAGAGGAGGGAGCGAGCACUGGCACUGAUGGACGAGCCAAAGGCAGGAUGGCUGACUGUGAGAGCUAAGGUGCCUGAAAUGAGGAAAAGGAGGCACUGAGCAGCCAUCUGUCCUAGGACUCCUGGGGGAUGAGAUACUAAACCAAAGAUGUCCUGGACAAGAAAGAUCCUACUCAUCCUGGGAUUCCUCUCUACUUUGGCUGUAAUUGCUUUAAUUGCUGUAGCAGUGACCCAAAACAAGCCCCUUCCGAAGAACAUUAAGUAUGGGAUUGUGCUGGAUGCAGGGUCAUCCCACACCAACCUGUAUGUGUACGAGUGGCCAGCAGAGAAGGAGAACGACACUGGGGUGGUGCAGCAGGUGGAGGUGUGUAAAGUUGAAGGCCCUGGGAUCUCAGGUUACUCCCACGCCACAGAGAAGGCAGGUCCCUCUCUGGCACAGUGCCUACGACAAGCAGAAGAGGUGAUUCCCUCACAGCAGCACCAAGAGACACCUGUCUACCUCGGAGCAACUGCUGGCAUGCGGCUUCUCAGCUUGGAGAAUAAAAGUGCAGCUGACAAAGUCUUGUCCUCAGUAGAGAAGACGCUACGCUCAGCUCCCUUCAACUUCCAGGGUGCCAGAAUCAUCAGUGGUCAGGAAGAAGGCGCCUAUGGAUGGAUCACCAUUAAUUAUCUGCUGGGCAAUUUCAAGCAGUCUGGCUGGACAAAAUUUCUGCUUUCUCUGAAAUUUGUCAGUGAGACUUCAGGAGCGCUAGACCUUGGAGGAGCCUCAACACAAAUUACCUUUGUACCAAACGAACUCUCUCAUGAGUCCCCAGAGAACCUGCUCUAUUUCCGUCUCUACGGCAAGGAUUACCAAGUAUACACACACAGCUUUCUCUGCUAUGGCAAGGACCAAGCUCUGCAACAGAAACUGGCCAGGGACCUACAGACCAUGGAGAACAGCACCCUCUUUGAUCCAUGUUUUCACGAAGGCUAUCAGAGGACUAUAAAUCUAAGUGACCUCUUCAAGAACCCUUGUACAUCAGACAAGAAAAAGCAAUUCCCUUUCAGCCAACUGUUCAUACAGGGAGAGGGGGAUUAUCAAAAGUGCCGGACAAACAUCCAGAAACUCUUUAAUAAAACCAGUUGUCCUCACUCCAGUUGCUCCUUCAAUGGGAUAUACCUACCUCCACUACAAGGGGAUUUUGGGGCUUUUUCUGCUUUCUACUUUGUGAUGAACUUUUUGAACCUGACCAGUGAACAAAGCCCUGUUGCCCUGGACAAAGUGGCCAGCACCAUUGAGAGCUUCUGUGCUCGGCCUUGGAAUGAGGUGAAGACAGUGUAUCGCCAUGUAAAAGAAAAGUACCUGAGCGAGUACUGCUUCUCUGGAGCCUACAUCCUCUCUCUCCUGGAAAAUGGCUACAAAUUCACUGAAAAGAAUUGGCAAAGCAUCCACUUCCUUGGAAAGAUCGGCGGCAGUGAUGCAGGCUGGACUCUGGGCUACAUGCUGAACCUGACCAACAUGAUCCCCGCAGAGGAGCCUGCCGUGCCCCCUCUUUCCCACAGCAGCUACGUGGGGCUGAUGGUGCUGUGCUCCCUCGUGCUGGUGGCUGUGCUCCUGUUCGCCUGGCUUCUCUUCCACAAGCCCAAGUGCCUGCAGAAGGGGAUUGUUUAGGAAGAGCCUUGGGAGGAGAGGGGCCAUGUCAGUCUGUCUGCUUAGGGCUAGGAGACCCCAGCAGAGCAGGCUGUACUGCAGAGUCCCUCUCGACUCUCACUGAACCUACUGACUGCAUACAACAAGGGCAUUUAUUUCUUCUGACUCGUACUUGCACUGACAGACAUCGGGGCAUCAGGAUCGCCACCGCUCUCUACCAAGGACAGAGAAGCAAAUGUCCCCUCUUUGAGUGGGUCAUACUUUCAUUCAGUGAAACUUUGCUGCUUAUUGUUUUUUUGCCUUGUGCACAAGAGAUGUGCAUGAAAAGUGGCAGCGAUCUUAGGGAGCCAGUGCUCCUGCAAGGGUAAUCUCAGGGUCACACAUCCCACAGAGCUUUUUGGAACAAUCACAAGGAGUUCCUACUCCUUCUUAGCUGAAGCUGUUCUUGAGAGCCCCUCCCGCAACAGCACACCCACAUUUGCCUCCCUGUGCCCUGAGCCCUUGCAGUCCUACAGCUGGAUAUGGUCACCUGCACCUGGCUGACCUCCAAAGGCUAGCCAGGCUCCCAAGCACCACUCCGGAAAAAGAAGGGAUGAGGAUGAAGAAACUGAAUGUGCUGGUGGCCAUCGGCCCUUAACUGGGCUCUGGUGGCUGUCUGCUCCAUUUGCAGGUGGCAAGAAGCCUCUUUCCCAUGUCUUCCUGAUGUUGUUGCUGGACCAAAGCUGGCUCACUGUUACACUGAGCCAUUUCCAAGUCCCUAGGGUACAUCUAGACAAAAGUUCCCAACCAGGCAUUGCUGAUUUUUGUAGGAAGAGUUCAUACUGGGUGAGGAUUCCUGACCAGUAGAGAGUGCUGAUGCCUACAAGAACUCUGGUGUGACCAGCGUGCCUACAGGUAUACACCCACUAAAGUAAUCUAGUGUCACUGUGGUGACCACACAGUAGCCUCUGAUCUAGGGAAAAUGUUUAUUAGGUCCUGUUCCUUUACAAGUAGACAGCUGGCAGCAGUUACCAACAUCAGCAUGCACAGAUUGAAGCACUCUUUCCACCAGCAAAAUCAGUGAAAAUUUGCCUUGCCUUCCCUCAUAGCUUAGGCUUAUCCCAUGACCAUGAGCACUGAGGCUUGUGAGUGCACAUACUGCAGCCCAUCUUCUAGGACUAGGACACAACUAGGGCAAUGCCACUUGUCAGGUUAAUGAAUCACUUUCUUCCAUUUUCCAUUCCUUGAUCAAAAAAAAAAAAAAAAGUUAAGUCAGAAAUUCAUUUUUAUUAAAAAACCACUUGGAAACCACUGGUGCCUGUUUACCUCCCUUGAAAUCUUGGAAAUCUCCUCUCCUAAUGACCUGUAACUGCUGGAGGCCAAAUGAAAGUAGAUAUUGUAGAGAGAAAGGCAUGCAAACACACACCUUCACCUGUUUCCCCAAGCAAAGCUGUAAAAAGUGUGGAGGGGAUCAGGAUGUGCAACACCAAUAAAGCCUUCUUUAGGCAAGCACAGACACAGAGCUCAGGGUGUUCAUGCUGUUCCAGACUGUUUCUCCACACAGUGCAGGCUGGAAAAUGUCCCCCAGUUAUUUCUACUUCGUGCUUUUAAGUAGGAUCUGUAACAUAUUGAAGGACCUAAAGGUAAGGGAUAAAAAUCUAUCCUGUCUUGUAGCAAGAUCCUUGAGCAGUUCAUUGUUCUUCCAAAAAUCUAUGUCUUUUUUUGCUCUGAAUUAGCUGACUUCAUUUUCUGUUGGAUCUUGUUCUGCCUGUUUCAGAAAGACUGAGUAACUCUCUACUAUCAAAAUUCUUCUUUCCCUUUUUGGUGCUUGCAAGUCAUCAUUGUAUCACAUUAAAUAGACCGGUCUUUGAUCUGUAAAGUGCUCCAUGCUGACCUCACUUGUAGAUCUUGACUCUACUUCCUUGAAAUUUUUUACAUCCUUUGAAAUUUGGACACCAAAGUUUUCUGGAACAGGUGAUAGUAGAGUCAUUAAUAGUGUAUAUAAAAGUAACACCCUCUGGGUUUUAUUUAUACUCUGUGUUCCUUGUUCAUGUAUCUCAGGACCAGGUCUGCUCACUUAAGAGAACGUUUUGAGACUAUUUUGUCCAGUUGGACUACUGCAACUUGGCCUUUUCUUUUUUCCAGUUCCUGCAUUCUAGAACAGCUGCUGUCUCACACCGUACAUCAUUGUCUCUUAACAUGAACUGCUUUGCCUUUCAUGUGGCUCCACCGAAACAUGCAGUAUUUAAACAAUAUUCCCCCAAGCAAGUGAUGAAGAUCAACCUGCAAAUGACAUUCCCCCACACUAUCUGACCACUCACCAGGCUUUGGGGGUUUUUAAUCUGCAAAUACAUUAAUACACUGAAAUUCAUCUGGAGGUGGAGUAUUCCAUCUAUUGUUUUUGUCAAAGAUAGGUAGGUGAGAGAUUAAGAGGAGUUUUUGGCCAUGGCUGGAAGACAUGCAGGAGAGGAGCAUAUGAUCAUUGCUGCUUCAGCUCCCCAGUCAGCCCCACUUCAACACAGCCACCUUCCUUGCACAGGGAGUCUUUGUAGCAGAGCAGGUUCCCCAGAGAAGAGUCCCACAUGACCUAGUGCAUCCUUUCCCCCCAUUUAGAGCAUGGAAACCUGCAGAAUGGUAAUUCCUCUCCUGAGAUCCCCUCAUGGAUCUGGCAGCUGUUCAGUAGUAGCUGUGAUGCUGGAACUGGCAGAUACAUUGGGGAGUUUCAGAAAUUGACACAGAAACUUCACGCGGAAGCUGGUGUGGAGAGAAAGUAUGUGCCAGACUGCUUUUCUGAUUGCUGCUCAGAGUUUAUGCCAAAGGAAAAGCUCAAAUACAGAACCUGGAAAAGAACUUCAGAAUGUUUUGUACCCUUAUUGCAAGUUCCAUAGUCUUAAUAUUGUUAGAUCUUGAUUCUAGAGUCAAGUGACCAGCUGGUAUCUUCACUUAUUCUCUCCUGACAUCCUUCUCUUGUUUUUUUCCCCUGGAUUUUAUUAUUUUCAAAGCUGCAAAUGUGACCUGAGCGCAAUCUAAAAUCCCCAAGCUAAGAUAAGUACAAAAUACAUUAUGAUAUUUUUAAACCUUCUGACCUUCUGAGUCAAAUCUCUCCAGAACUCGAAUUUCAAAGGUGAUACCAGAUGUGCCAUUUAAAAAUCACUUGAGCUAGCUGAGGCUCUAAGAACUGGUUGAUUAAAGGAAUCCUAAAAGAGUGAGACCCUGGCAUAUCACUGGCUGUACUUGAACCUUCCCAGAACAGUAUAUUUUCUUUUCUUCUCCUUUCUCCUGCUAUUGCAGGACUUUAUCCAGGAGGCUACUCAAAAUCCUUGGUUAAGGAGUUUACAUUUAAUGAGCAUUCAUUUCUUUGCUACUAUGAUGCAUCUGACCCAGCUAUAUUCUGCUUAAAUGUGUGUUUCAGAACUACCCAAUGCUUAUGUGAAGAACAUUAACAGUAGUGGUCAGAACUGCCAUAUACACCAGUAGUACUAUGGUGUCCUUGUUAAUGCAGUUAUCUGCCUCAUGGAUAAUUAUCUGUGCCUUAUUUAUAAUGUGAUAGCUUUUGGCUUUAUUUUCCAGCCACUGGCUUCUGUACAGUUUUGCUCUUCUGAUUUAAAGCAUCUUUUAGCACCACACAUCCUUGUCUUGCAGGUAUUUGUUCACUGAUCGGCUCUGCUGGGCUGCUGAAACUCCAGACCUUAGAGUCUCCUAGUUUUCCACGGGAAACCCUGAGACACACUGCAACAAAGUGGGAUGACUGUCUCUGGCUUAGGUUCAUGUGUUGAGCAGUUUGGGUUUGGGAAGGUUCAUUGCAGGAGGAUUUGAUAGCUUUGCAGGGUGUGGAAGCAGUCAGUCUGGUCAAUCUGGGACUGCUCACUUGCAUGAGCUCUCAUGUUCACCCAAGGGUCAGCUCUGAGACAAAACUAUUGGUGAGGCCAUGAUCUUCGGGUGUCAGGAGACAAAGCCUCGAUGUCUGCAGCAUACUCACCUUUUGCAGAAAACAGCUAGUCCCCACCACGGGCUCUAAGGACUCUUUGUGCUUUUCCCCAGCACCACCUGCUCUCCUCUGCAUGGGCUCCCUACAGCAAAGCGUGACAGAGCCUUCACUUGAAAGAAAGCUCUCAGAAGUGGGGCCAUCACUGCCUGUGUGUUAAGAGGCUGAUUUGCAGCACUGGUGCUGGCCAGGGCUCCCCAGCAUCUUCAUGAGCAGCUCUCAGCUAGACAUAUGCCCCUUCCUCAUCUGUCCCAAUUUUUCCCAUGCUCUGUGUGCCAUGUAGUACAUGCAGGCUCUGUGGGGCUGCUGGCUGUGCCACAGGGCUCAUCAGCCUGUUGAGAAGGGUCUGAGGGGAGAUAUGCAGAGGAUAGCAGUCCCUUGCCACCAGGGCAAUGCACUUUCUUUUUGUGGCUCAGCCCUAAUGAAAUGGAUCUUUGUUCUGAUGCACAAAUCUCUGUAUCCUUAUUACAAUAAAGACUUCCAAAUUGAUGCCAGAAAA